AUGGCUGCUGGCCAUUGUCUCUACUGCUCGGAAUGCAUCCAGAGAGAGUUCCUCUCCUGUUUCCUUACAAACCCGCACUAUGGCAGCCUCAUUAAUGCAGAUGGCCAUGCUGAAGUGUGGACAGAUUGGAAUGAUUUAUCCAAGUUUUCCCAGUAUGGAUGGAGAUGCACCACUAAUGAGAAUACCUAUUCAAAUCGUACCCUGAUAGGCAACUGGAACCAGGAAAGAUAUGAUCUAAGGAAUAUAAUACAGCCCAAACCCUUGCCUUCCCAGUUUGGACACUACUUUGAAACAACAUAUGAUACAAGCUACAAUAACAAAAGACCACUUUCAGCCCAUAGAUUUAAGCGAGAGCCUCACUGGUUCCCAGGACAUCAACCUGAGCUGGAUCCACCUCGAUACAAAUGCACAGAAAAGUCAACUUAUAUGAAUAGCUAUUCAAAACCUCAAAUUGAGCAUCACUCUGUGUGUGUAUGUAAUAAUAAUAACUGCCCAUUUCAGGGUGAGAGGUUCUAA